UCUAUUCACUUCCUGUAAACAAAGCAGCAGCUGUCAUUUUGUUGUGUUUUCGCUCAUUUUCUGCCUUCACACUAGCGUUUUCGACGAUGGCCCAGGCCGGAGUGGUCCUGGACAAGGACCAGUUCAACUGCUCGAUAUGUCUGGACGUGCUGAAGGACCCGGUGACCAUUCCCUGCGGACACAGCUACUGCUCUGUCUGUAUCCAGAACUACUGGGACCAGGACGACUACCUGGGGAUCUUCGUCUGCCCGCAGUGUCGGCAGAACUUCAACCCGAGGCCGGUGCUCGCCAGAAACACCAUGCUGGCAGACGUGGUGGAGAAAUUCAAAAAGACGGGACUCCAGGAGGUCACGACGCCCGCCCGUUUUGCCGAGGCCGACGACGUGGAGUGCGACGUCUGCACCGGGAGGAAAAACAAGGCAGUAAAGUCCUGUCUGGUGUGUUUGGCCUCCUACUGCGACGUCCACGUCCAGCCUCACUACGAGUCCGCGGCCUUCAAGAAACACAAGCUGGUUUCGGCCUCCAAAAAGCUCCAGGAGACGAUUUGUCCCCGACACGACAAGCUGCUGGAGGUGUACUGCCGCACCGACAAACUAUGCAUCUGUUACCUGUGUCUGACAGAUGAACACAAAGGGCACGACACGGUGCUGGCUGAGGCGGAGGUACAGCAGAAGCAGAGGCAGCUCGAUGAUAUGAAGCAGAGCUCUCAGAUGAGAAUUCAGCUCAGAGAAAAGGAGACCCAGGAGCUGAGACAAGCCAUUUUCUCUCUCACGCACUCCACAGAGGCAGCCGUGGAGGAGAGUGAGAGGAUUUUCUCCAAGCUGAUCCGCUCCAUAGAGAAACAAAGCUGUGAGGUGAGGGAGCUGAUCCGAGUCCAGGAGAGAGCAGCUGUCAGUCAGGCUGAGGAGCUGCUGGAGAAGAUGCAGAGGGAGAUAGCCGAGCUGAGGAGGACGGAUGCUGAGCUGGAGAAGCUCUGUCACACUGAGGAUCACAUCCACUUCCUCCAGAAGUGCAAGUCUCUUCAUUUCCCUACGAAGAUUGUGGAGAUGCCCAGCGUGGACACACUCCCAUAUUUAAUGUACAAAACUGUGAGAGGAGCCCUGGCUGAUCUGAAGGACAGUAUGGACGAAACACUCAAAAGAGAAUUCAACAGAAUCUCCGAAAAGGUGAUUUCACUGAAGGAAACCAGCGAUCAGAGUACCUCUGAGAAGACUAAAGCAAAAGAUGCCGAAAUACCAUACAACUCAGAACCGAAGACAAGAGCUGAUUUUCUACACUAUUACAAUGAUAUAACCCUGGAUCUAAACACAGCCAAUCCCUAUUUAUGCUUCACUGAUGGUCGGAGAGGUGUGACCACAGGAUUGGAGCCGCAGCCCUACCCAGACCACCCGGAUCGCUUCACCAGUUGGGCCCAGGUACUGUGCAAAGCCGGGAUGGCCGGGCGAUGCUACUGGGAGGUAGAGUGGGCUGGAAACGGAGGGGUUUCUAUCGGCAUCUGCUACAAAGGCAUGAGCAGAAGUGGGGGAGGGAGCGACAGCAAACUGGGACACAACUCCAAAUCCUGGAGCCUGGACUGUUCCCACUCGGUGUGUUCAUUUCAGCACAAUAAGGAGAGCGUGACCAUCGCAGCUCCCCUCUGCAGCAGAAUAGGAGUGUAUCUGGACCUCAGGGGUGGGACUUUGUCUUUCUACAGUGUUUCUGAUACAAUGGCUUUACUUCAUAAAGUUAAGACUACGUUCACCCAGCCUGUAUACCCUGGAUUCUGGGUGGGAUUAGGUUCUACUUUGAAGCUGUGUUCUCUUUAAACUGUCUGCACUCCAUCAUCAGCAGUUCUCAAGUAACCUUGUAAAUUUGGGGUUCAAAAUAUUAAUUAUUCACUGAGAAUAAUAAUGAAACUGAGACAGAUGUUUGUGCUCAAAGCUUAGCUUUUUAAUAACCGUGAAAGCCGGGAGCAGCAGCAACACUUUGGUGGAGCAGGCUAAAGAGCUGGUGGAGCUUAGAUCUUAUUGAAGGCAGCAACAUCUACACUCUGGACCUGUAUGGGAGGAAAAAAGUAAAUAAGUCAAUGUGUGUAUUUAUUUGAACAUAUUUAUUGUACAUCAAAGCUAUUUUCUUUAAAAUCAUAUAUAAAGCUUUUAUGUCGGA